AUGAGUCGCCCGAAAAACCGGUGGCCACCUCAUGGCCGAGGCGAUGGAGCUGACGAAAAGAACGGCUUCAAGCACCCGCAAUACGGACCCGGCGUCUCGUUUCCCAAAAAGGAAUUUGAUGACCGCAUCCUGCGGCGCCUCGACGCGUUUGCGAGAGGCGACGACCAAGAAUUCGCAUUUGAGCCAAUGACAAGCUGUGAGAGGAAACGUCUGCACGAACUGGCCAAUCGAAAGGGUCUCGUAUCGGAAAGCCGCGGCCACGGCGCGAGCCGGUACACGACUGUCUCGAAGAAGCGCCACUCGACCAACAUGAAGACGCAAUCGACUGCCACCGAAUUGCAAGAAAUUCAGCUGGAUGAUGAGCAAAUUGCAGCCAUUGACAGCCUCGCGAAAACGAUGCCGAUUCAGGUCAAGGAAAUUGAGGCGCAUUUGGACACCAGCAAAUCGCUUCGUGGCGGCUAUCGUCCCAGACGGGCCGCGCAGCAGCACCAUCCGUUGGUACCGAAAAAACCAACGCCACCUCCACACAUCAGCGCGUUUCGACAAGGACUGCCGGUUCAUCGUUUUCAAGACGACAUCCUGAAAGCGAUUGCCCACAAUGAGGUGACGUUGAUCACUGGCGGUACUGGUUGCGGCAAAACGACGCAAGUCCCUCAGUUCAUCCUCGAGCAGUGCGAACGAGAAGGAAAGCCCGUCCGCAUCAUUUGCACGCAGCCACGACGUCUUCCCGCCAUUGCCGUCUCGCAGCGAGUGGCCCACGAAAGGGGCGAAAAAUUGCCCGAUACCGUCGGCUACCACAUCCGGCUCGAACAAAAGGUCACUGACAAGACGAUGUUGAUGUACUGCACAGCUGGGGUGUUGCUGCGGAUGCUGACCAAAGAUGACGAGUCGUGUGGAGCGACCCACAUCAUCUUGGACGAAGUGCACGAACGUGAGAAAAACACGGACUACCUUCUGAUUGCCCUCCGGGAAGCUCUGAAAAAGAAGUCAAAGAUAAAAGUAAUUCUUAUGUCGGCGACGAUGGAGGGGAAUAUCGAUUUGUUUAAAGAAUACUUCAAGUGCUUCCGAGUUGCGCAUAUCGACGUCCCUUCGAAGCUGUUCGACGUGAAGACGCUGUUUCUGGGGGACGUGAUCGCGAUGACGGGCUACUGCCCACCCCCGAGCACAUUUGGAAGCGCCGCGUCGAAUGUGUGGAACGAUCCGGGCUCGAUGCUGCGGACGACCAACAGCUGUUCCAACUUCCCGAUCGGCCAGUACGACCCGUAUCAAGGCACCAGUCACUAUGCCCACAAUGGCAACUUCAGUGAUAUGCUCACGCAUAAUCAGACGGCACCCGAUCUUCGCCACUACAACACCCCGUCACCCCAAGUGAACCUGAUCUCCAGUCAAAUUGCCGCAUUGGAACUGCCACACGUCCGAAAUGGACAGUCGUUCAGCGGACAAUACCAACAUCACUCGAUGCUCCACGAAGCCGACACGAUGGGACAGCCGGAAAUUGAGGAGUUGGCGAUGAGUGACGACGAAUCAGAGGCCAAAAAUACCAUAACCCCGCAGGACUCGUUCAGCGGCCAACCCCUGCAGGCGCCGUUGAAGCAUAAUUACGCGAGUGCGAACUGGAGCCAGCCGAAUGCCGGAAAUCAAUCGUGGACUCACACUCAGUCAUGCGCCACAAUGACUUCUCCUCCGGCCCUCGAUCAAAGACUGUAUCAUUGGCAGGACACGAACAUUUACCCGCAGGCUCCGAGAUUCUACCUCGACCAGGGCAACUCUGGCUACCAAGGAACCUUCGAGGACCAAAUGCGGCACGAGACUGAGCAGAUGCGCCUUCGCCGUGAUCGACUGAUGACAGCUCUGUCGCGGCCGUAUCCUGUAUUUUGCGAAGAGGUGGUCAAGGAUCUGGAGAAGCACAAGAAGGCGGGCGAUCUUACUGAGGAGGAAAUGGUCAAUUUGUACCUGCAAUGUGGUGGAAAUCAAUACUCGGAAAAUGUGGACCACGACAUUUGCGUUCGACUCGUCAUGUUCUUGAUGAACAGCCCCAUUGACGGUGCAAUUCUGAUUUUUCUGCCGGGUUUCGAUGACAUUAGCACGAUGCGAGCGAAACUGGAGGACAUGGCCGGAAAUCUUCGUCAAAAGCUCCACAUCUACUGCCUCCACUCGCAAAUGCAUUCCUUUGACCAGCAGCGCGUUUUCUCGCGCAUCCACGAUGGCGGACGGAAAGUGAUCCUUUCUACCAAUAUUUCUGAGGCAUCGUUGACGAUUGAUGACGUCGUCUUCGUCAUUGAUUGUGGAAAGGUAAAAGAGAAAACCUACGAGCACGACUCGCGCAUUUCUCAGCUGAAAGUCCAAUGGAUUGCCAGAAGCAAUGCCGAGCAGCGCAGUGGCCGUGCCGGUCGAUGCCGCAAUGGAUUCUGCUUCCGCCUGUACUCAUUGGCCGAAUACGACGCUUUCCUCCCAUCACAAGCCGCCGAGCUGCAACGUGUCGCAAUAUAUGAAGUCGUCUUACAUGCAAAGAUGUUUGCCGGCGACCAAGUGAGCGUUCGGGAAUUCAUCCGCCAGGCGCCCGAACCACCGCGGGCCGAGUCUGUUGAGAGCAGUAUCAGCUUCUUGGAGCAACUGGGUGCCCUCUACGAUCAAGCGGCGAAUAAUGAUGAGAUCGAUCCUCGACCCGAGCGAUUGAGCUUCUACCAGAUGCAGCAGAACUUUCAAAAGCCCGGAUUCUACAACACGCUCGGUUUUUUGUCGAUGAAGUCUCGCGAGCCAAUGCUAACGCCACUGGGGAGGACUAUUGCGUUGUUGCCUCUGGAGCCACAAUUGGCCAGGCUUCUGCUGUUUGGCGUGGCGUUGAAAUGUCUGGACCCGAUCAUCAGCCUCGUCUCUAUAUUGAGCCAUCGCGAUCCAUUCAUCAUCCCCCACAUGGACGAUCGAGAAGGAUUCAGCAGGAUGAAGGAGGGUUUCGGCCGCCGCGAUCUCUCGGAUCAUCUGAUGUUCAUCCGCACAUACAUCGAAUACACCGAGCAGAAAAAGAAGGGACAUUCACCGCUUUCGAUUUGGGCCCAAAAGAACUACAUCCAGAUGAACGCGAUGAAGAUGAUCGAGGGAAUCAAACGGCAACUUUCGGAGGAGCUGCGCCGGACGGGCAUCAUCCAGACGAAUUGUGACGAGACCGAGAUGAAUCUGCACAGGGUUUCAUCACUGCCUGUCUGGAAGGUGAAUGAACAAGAGCGAGCGCAAAUCUUGCCGCCUGAUCUGGAGCAGAAUCCGAAGACGACCGUGGUGAAGGUGUUCGCUCAGCAGCGACGAGCGCAGCAAGAAGAAGUCAAGGCCAAGCGAGUCGUGCAGCCGGAAGCGCCGCGUGAAGCCCAUCCGCCACCGACGCGCCAGCAGAGCUCUUCUUCGAAAACGGAUAGCCGUGACCGCGACCCGCCAAGAUCCUAUCGUGGUACGUUUAUUGCUUUC